CUCCCCUCUCACGUUUUGCCUCCUGCAGGGGGACAGCCGCGUGGCUGCUGCUUUCCCGGAGAGAUGGCAUCCUCUGUGCUCUCCAACGGGGACCAGGCUCACGCGCUCCGGACCAGCCCCUCCGAAAGAGACGCCGCUGUGCCCACGGCCGGGGUCGUCCUCGAAGACUGUGGCAGGGAGCCGUGCACGCGGCCUGAGCCGUGUCGGGCUUCUGCUGCCUGGAAGACACCAGCGGUUCACCCCAGUGCCCCUGACAGUGUGGACGCCCCUCCGAGCGUGGCCGGAGCAGACCCGCAGCUCGCGCCGGAGGGCCAGGCCGGCCACCCCAGAGAAAAGCCAUCUGCCGGGCACCGCCGGGAGCACCCUGCGGGCGGGAGACGGGCGCCGGCCCCAGACCUGACCCCGCUGGAUUUGAGCGCCAGGUCGAGCCGGGCCGACCCCAGCAGUAAGGACGCGGCCCUCGUCCCUGCAGGCCGCGCUGGUCGUCCACCCGUGUCCUUACUGCGACCACAAGACCUACUACCCGGAGGUCCUGUGGGUGCACAAACGCCUCUGGCACAGGGUCAGCUGCAACUCCAUGGCCCCGCAGUGGACUCAGCCCGACGGCCAGCGCAGCCUGAGGAGCAGCCUGGUGUUCCUGGCCCGGAGUGGGCGCACGGGGCCCCCGCCUGCCUUGGGUGGCAAGGAGUGCCAGCCGCUGCUCCUGGCGCGCUUCACCCGCACUCAGGUGCCAGGCGGGGCGCCGGGACCCCGAGGCGGCAGCUCCGCUCCCCUGGCCGCGAGCGUGAGAGCCCCUGGGCCGCCCAAGGGCAAGGAGAGCCACUCCAGCAGCCCCUGUGCGCUGUGGACAUCUGGUGCCGACGGCUCUCGACAGACCAGACCCGGCCCUGGCCAGGAGCCCCUGCUGAAACCCAAGCUGGAGGUUGGCUCCAGGCCGGCGCCCGCCCCGGGCAGCGGCGGGAGCCUCAGUGGAAGCGCCACCCCCACGCCCACUGUGAUUCCCCGGGUGGGCGCCCAGCCCGCGGCCAGCAGCAAGCCACUGGAGAAGUACGGGGCCCCCCCAAGUAAGCACAUCGCCCCCGAACCCCUGAAAGCCAAAUGCAGCCCUCAGCCUCAGGGUCAGCCUCCCGCGAACGCCGAUGGGGGCCCGCCUCUCCCUCCCUGCGAGCCCCCUCUGAAGGCAGCCCAGGAGCUGAGGACGCUGGCCAGCUGUGCCGCGGGGUCCCGGGGGGACGCGGCCGGGGCGCCCCCCGUCCUGCACUCCAUCAAGCAGGAGCCGGCCGCCGAGGGCCACGAGAAGCGCCUGGACAUCCUCAGCAUCUUCAAGACGUACAUUCCGCAGGACCUGGCCACGCUGUACCAGGGCUGGGGCGGCGGCCCCGGGCCCGAGCACAGAGGGACGCUCCGGCCGCAGGCGCGCCCCGGGGACUUCGUCUGUGUCGAGUGCGGGAAGACCUUCCACCAGCCCAGCCACCUCAGGGCGCACAUGCGGGCGCACACAGGGGAGAGACCAUUGUAACCCAGGUACUGCCCAGACCGUGCCUCUCAGAGAGGGAGCCUAGACGCCGCCUCCAGCCCCCGCCCGGACGCCGCCACUUCCUGUGAGAUCAGCUGGCGCAGCCCCCCGCACCCUGCGGCUCGGGAGCCCGGGCGGUGCCCCUCCCUGUCCUGCCGAUGCUGCCCUCUAAGAUCCCACGUGGACCCCGCACGUGCUCACGUGCGCACCCCCGACACGUCCCCUGUGUGCGGACGGCAGGCCCCGCGGGAGCCCAGGCGUCGGUGUCACUCAAGAAGAGUUUGAGACACUGGAGGAAGAGUUGUCACGUGUGCUGGACAGAGUGGACAGGCUGAGGUGCUUCCCGGCCGCUCAGCGGGAUGCCCUUGGUGGCGCCAGGGUGACGAAGCGUCCCUACCUCCGGCUCUCCUGUCUCCGGGCGUUGAAGAGGGUCGGAGGGGGAGGACGUGGGCUCAGGUGCUGUGGGAGCCAGGCUGGUGGCCAGGGGCCGCUGACAGACCCAGCGGUGCAGCGGUCGCCCGCUCGGGGCGUCCCGCGCUCGCGGCCAGUGGUGCUGAGCGAGGCCGGCCGAGGAGGCUUCUCCGGCCUGGGGCUGUGUGUUUCUGCUUCGGAAAGGGAGGCUAGUUGAACACUAAAAAAAAAAAACAAAACAAGACAAAAAAAAAAAAAAAAAAAAGAAAAAACAACAAAAAAAGCGGCUUCUUUGUUUAUUCUCAGGACCUUUUGUAACAGGGCUACAUUCUGCAAACUGCUCACCAAGGAAGACCACGCCUCCGGGCGUCCUCCCGCGGCAGCGGCUGUGGUCAGGGCCCAGGCGUCUGGGAGCCCGCGGGCCCGGGGUCGCUGGGGUGCUGGUGGUCCGGGCCCUCUGCCCCCGCCUGGCUGUCCCCGCCCGGGGCCGGCUUUAUAUACCUCUUCCUCAGUAGUGCAGACGGUGCCGCCCCCCGCCGAAGCAGGCGUCUCCUCCCGUCGCCGUGACUCUGUGAUGGUCACGUUGCUGAGUUUCGGAUCUUUGCACAUACGAUUAUAUGCAUUAUCGAAAGUUACUGCUGCCUUGAAUGGAAACGUUCUGUGAAAUUUUUUGCAAAAGCUUUACUAGGUUUUUUUUUAAUUGUGAAAUUUUGUAAAGGCAGGAAAUGGAUUAAAACGAGCAUGCUAAAUAUAUUUUUCAAAAAAGCAAUAAUUUUACAUGUACAGAAAUUAUCCUAACCUUUACUAUUGGUGAGAGCAACAGUUUACUUACUACAGCAAUUAGUGCAGAUUUUGUAGAAAAUGGGCUUCUGAUACAAAGACUUCUUUAAAACACACACACACACCCUGUUCUAAUGUUUUGUUGAAUUAUUAUUAUUAUUAUAAUAUUAUUAUUAUUGUAAUUGUUAUUAGUUCACGUUUGGUUCUGGACUCUACUUGUUACUGAAUUUAAAUUACUUGACGGUUCAGGCUACUUCGCAGCGGGUGCAGGCGAUGCAGUGUAACCGGCUAGCGUAUAUAUAUAAAUAUAUAUUAUUUUUUUUACUUACUCCCUGGUGUGCUCACACCAGAUGUGUACGAGGUUGACCUGGCACGUCGCUGUCCCCAGGAGCGCCCGUGCAGGUGCCGUCCCGCGACUGUACCCGCCCUGUGACGUUGUGUUCAGCAAGUCACAGACCCAUUCCUCCGGGCACCUCGGAAGGCAGGCCACCUUUCUGUCCACGUAUGUCUCGUCGUCACAGUGGUGUCCCCACAGUGAUCAUUUCUGCGUUUCCUGGCUCCUGUUUUGUCGGCUGAAAGUAACUGGUGCCAGUUAGGGGUGUGCGGGGACUGGUGACUCGGUCCUGUCCGUUUCUCUGUGUUUUAGUUAUUAAAGGAACUCAUGUACCCAAAGGGACACCACGGUGUCGUCUGCGUCCUUGCUGUCGGCAUUCAGAGCUGGAGCUGGCCUUCUUCCUGGCGGGGAGGGAGGGCUGCCCACUAGGGUCUCCGCCCCCGCUGGCACAGCGGUUGCACCUGGUGUGUUGGCCUGCGGGGGGCGGGAUGCACCUGCGGGCACCUGCGGGCCUGGGGGCGCCCCUUCCUUCCGCUGGUCACCAGUGUGCAUUCCGUUGUUCAUUCGUUCAUGUCAGUUCAACCAUGGUAUUUAAUAUGAUUUGUGUUUUCUUAUUUAUUUAGCCACUAUGCUUGGAUUCGCUUCCUCCGACGUUCUACUACCUCUGCUGUUCGCUUGUUUCCUAACAGGAAUUUUACAAUGUUGCGUCUAAUGUAACUCAGACAAUAAAGGGUUUGGUUGCCUACA